GAAUCGAAUGUACAACCAAAGAUUUGAGAAGGUCAGUUUCGAUCCAUUCUGAUCUGACUGUGGAGAGUGAGGCCCAACAGAAGGAAAAAAUGAACGACGCCCAGGACUUCAUCGAUCCGGAGAGCAUCACCAAUUCGGAGUUCCGACAGCAGAUCAAAAACUGGAUCGAAGAGCAGGGCAUCCACGCGAACCUGCAACUACAGAUGAAAAAGGACCUGAUCGACCAAAUCAGUCGAACCGCAAUGGGUCGAAAGAUAAGUCUGAAGAUGCAAACCCACCAGGGAAUCGUUCUGUCGCCUUUGGUCCUGGUGCUGAACACGCUAGUCGCGGAGUUUCUCUACACUCAGAAUUGUCACUUUUCACUGUCGGUGUUCAGCAACGAGGUGCCUUUCAAGAAUACGCUGCCGGAUUUUGGAAAGUCCAAACACUUUCGGUUGAACCGAACGGAGCUGAAGGAGAUCUUCGAGGCACUCGGCGUGGAACACUACUCCGGUCUGGUGGAAAAGUACGAGGGGAGGGGGACGAAGGAUCAUGAAGGCGGGAAGUCGUUGCUGUAUAUCAUUGUGAAGUCGAUGCUUGCUUCGGUUAAAGGGUACGAGGAGCGGUUCAAGCGACUGAAGAAGGAGGAAAAUGAGCGCGAGAGUACGAAGAAUAUGCUGGAUGAACUGGAAAUGGCCAAGCUGCACAAGAAUGUGGAGAAGUUGCUGCAGAGGAUGAAGCUGGUGGGAAAGAGCAUUGCAAGAGUGGAGGAACUGCAUAGGGAAGGCAAACGAGACGAGGAAGAGUCGACCUCAUUGAAGGUGUGUACGGAGAGCGUAACCAGAAUGGUCAGUCGAUUGGAGGUGUACUCGAAGACACUGGAGGAUUUGAUAGUCAGAUUGCAAAUUCAAACGGAGAAAGGAGAGCCAACGAUCGAAAAGAAGGUGGAAGAACCUGCCGAGCCGGUAGAAUUGAAAGAGCAGAAAAGCUAUACGGAUUUCUUGAAUGAACUGAAGUCAACCGAGCAUGGACAGAAAUACGUUGCAAAGCUACAGAAACAGGUUCUCAAAAUGUUGGACAAGGAGAAGGCGCAGUUGGAGGCAAAGUACGAGAAACGGAUGCACGAGGCAGAGUUGGAAUACAAAUUUAAACUGGAAAGGGUACUUUCUGAUCGGAUCAGAGAAAUGUCUGCGCAGAGGGAAAUACAGCGAUCACCAAAACCAACGCAGCAAGCAAGUGAAAGUGAGGAGAGUCUUCAUUUCAUGAAGAAGAUUGACGAGAAGUUAAAUCAGCUGUAUCAGCACGAACGCAAUGUGGACGAGAAACUGGUUACGUUGAAGAACGAUCUACAGAAGCACGAGCUACGACAAAGUAAAUACUUUCAAUCGUUGAAGGCAGCCGAGACGAAGGAGAAGAAACUUCUGGUGCUACAGGACGUUGAACGACAGCUCUUGGCGACGUUCGAAGACGAGACGCAAGCGAUUAUUCGGAAUGCCAAGGCGACGAUCGAACACUUGGAAAGCGAAAGCGACAAGAUCAAUCGCUCGUUUCAGCAGUAUUUGCAGAAGCAACGAGAAGACAAGCGGCGUCUCAAUGACGAGAAAGUACAAAUUUGGCAAAAGUACAAUGACGAGAAGCUGGAACUGAAUCAACGGGAGUUGAUGGACAUGAAUGGGCAUGAGCCGCAAGAAGUGGUGAUCAAACAGACUUAUCAGCCCCAUGUGGAAGAGUUCCCAGAGAUUGGGAAUUUUGAAAAUCCGUUCAAGAACUUUGACCCGCAUAAAUACCUGCGACGAUCGAAGAUUUCCAGAAUACCUCUGGAUACGCAAAAGAAUCAACACGGGGUCGUAGAUGCCGCUGUGAACACGACGACUGAAGUACCUGAGCCGGUUACUUUGAAACCUCUCACAGUUGAACCUAUGAAAUCCACGAGUCCCAACUUGGACCUAUUGGAAAGCGCUCGUUUGGAUCACCAUGAAGCCCCUAAACUCCCCCCAGUUGAACCAGUUUCAAGACCAAAAUCAGCAGACCUGCAAGCGCCACGCCUAGAUCUGCCAAAGAACCUGGCAUUGGACACAAAGCUAAGCGACCUUCUAGCCAAAGAUACACUAAACCUGAAACGCAGCAUAGAGGAGAACCUGCAGAAGCUGGAUCAGAUGAGUAAAACGUACACCAAGUCGACGUCCUCCAGCGAGCAACAGCGCACCGGAACGUACAACGUAAAGCCAACGAUCGAUCAGGGACGAGAAACUGUUGAAGCUCCCAAAAGCUUGGACGAUCUAUCCAGUGGCCUAUCGGAUGGGGAACUAAGCGAUGGAAGUGCAAGCAAACGAGAGGAACCGCUGAACUUGGAUAACACCAAAGAGCUGCUGGAGUACACCAGGAGGAAUUUUCCCCUUGACGGGGCCAAGACCCAGGGGGACUUGGUCAACUUGGACUCGGAGGUUUCGCUAAGCGAUCUGGACAUCAGCGGGACCAGUAACUCGAAGGUUGAUGGUCAAGCCAUAGCCCGAGAUGAUAGCGUGAAUGAUAUCCUGGAGGAUAUUUCAACCGGAAAACGGUCCUUGUCCGAUAACAGUUGGAAUUAGGUCUAGUUGUAAGAGUAUCGAAUGAAAUUAAAAUAUAUAUUUUAAGCAGAUACACAAACUACUGAGUACACUACUCCCAACAUUAUUCAAAAACAUACUGAAGGAUUUAAACGUACAAAACACCAAACUCUUUAAGUUGAGAAUACUUAUUUUAACAAAA